CGAGAUCUCACCAAUGCACCGCAAAGCUAGCCGGGGCAGAUAAGAUAAGUGAGGAAAGGAAGCAAACGACUGGUGCAGGGCGGCUACGAAUAGAAAAGCGAGGUUGGCUGGGUUCACAGCUUGAAGGUGAACUCAGAACACUAUCUUCUAUACACCAGCAAAACAAUACGACUGCUCUGUGCGCAGGGUAUCACGUAUUCGAUAGAGUUGGCGAUCAGAUGUUGUAACCUCGGGAGAUACGACAAACUUGACUUGCUGAUUGAGGGAGGCAUUACGUGGGAUGCAACGGUGAAUGCAGCUAAUCUCGCAAUCUCACCAUUUUACAGUACUUUAGCAUUGCCAUUAUCGGUAUGCUACUGCUGGGAUUAGAGCAGUCACAGCGCCUAGACCCUCUGAAAUCGCCGAAAGUGGCUAGUUUGAGGUCGGUCACUCCCCUGAACGCCAACCGCGCCGGUGCCGAACGCCAACCACUGGCUCUGGCCCUGGUUCGACCCUUCGUUAUUACACCCCAACUACAGAAGGGUGCUGCCGUUGUAGGUGCAGGUGCAUGUGUACUGGCGAAAGAGGAGGACGACUGCGACGCAUCUCUCACACGCCGUGCCUCGCAUCAUCAUCAUCAUCGUCGUUGUCGUCGUCAAGCCUUUCCCAGCACUCCCCCCUCAUCAAGUGUUGAGAAGGACCGCGGCUGUUCGAAGCCAUUUUGCGCGCCUCGUAAGGAAUUCGAAUUGACCAGUGCAAGGCACGAGCUCCACUCUAAUCAUAACAACAACCGCCCCGAAAGCCAAAGCCUCGAGCAAAUUUAUCAACGUUCUCUUUUCGACUUCAACCCCCGUUGCAUUCGCAAUUGCCGUCGCCGUCGCCGUCGCAGUCGUACUUGCACACCGGCCGCACCGGUGUCUUCCCAACGGCUUCACACAGAUUCACUCGAUCAACGGAACUGUCAUCAGCCGCCCUAGAUGCACUGCAAGAAGAUCUUCGCAUUCAAUCGCUUUCGCUCCAGUCUGACUAUCCC